UAUGAUUUAAAUAAUAGCGAGUUCUGCUAUUCUAUCAUUCCAUCUCAUUCUGAUUUCAUUCUACUUGUACAUGGCCAGAAGAAACAUGUUAGAAAAGAAGAUGGAAAUUGGAAUAAAAACUAUGACCAAUUAUAUCUUGUGUAAAUUUUGUAAUAAAUUUCAGCAAAAACCAUAUUUACUUAUCUAGAUUCUUUGGAUUUGCAAAUAGUUGAUGCACCAUCUAGAAAGAACACAACAUCACCUUUAAGAUCACAAUCUAAAGAGCAAAAGGAAUUAAAGACUUUGCAUGAAUAUGAUGGCACCAUUAUUUGUAAUUGCUACGAUUGCUUCUGCGAAGGGUGUCCUUGGGAAUAGAAAUGCGUAUGCAAAUGUUGUUACUCCAUUGGACUAUGCUGUACGAUGUUGCAGAACAAGUUUUUGGAAUCCCUCAAAUACAUAAUCUUCUUUUUAACGAAACCUUACUUCUAUAUCAUCUUCAACUCUUAUUUCUCAUUGAUAGAUAACAACGAUUAAGGUGUAAUUAUUCUAGUAUUUGGGAUUAUUUUUAAUGGAUUGUAAUUUUAUGUGUUGCUAUUUGCUUUCUCAUUUCUGUCCACCAAAAGAGAAAUGAUGAGAUUGGAUAAAAGUAAAGAAGAUGACAGAGGACUCCUGCUGUAUUAUCAUAUUAGAAAGGCCAUCAUUUUCACUAUUUUUUUAGUGCUUUUAUUCAUCUUCUUUGGCUUAGGUGUAUACAGACUAAUAAAUUAGUACAAACUCAAACCAGAAUAUCUCUUUAUACUAUAUAACACAAUAUUUUUGUUUUUUGGCAGCAUUGUGUCUGUGUUGUUAAUGAGUUACAAUAACUGUUUGAGCAAUGACUUGAUUCAAGACAAUGACAAUAUCCUUAAGGCAUAAUAGAGACUCUAUAUAAUGUAGAACAAUUUGAUCAAAUACUUCCCAAGCGAAUAAUAAUUCUAGAAGUAUGUGGAGGAGUGCAAUUUCGAUGAUCAAUAGAUAUCAAGAUUGAUUCACGAGAAAUGCUCGGAAGCCAAAGGGAACUUGCAAUUGUCUUUGGGUGCAAAUGACAAACAACAGUUUAAGAAAAUUAAAAAGAAUUUAGGGUAGAGUAAAUUUCUGAUUGGAGGGAUAGUAAGUUACUUGUAUCUCUCCACAUAUUUGACUUUGUUGGCAAGUUUUAGUUUCCUCUUGAUAUUACUAAUCAACAUAUAUGGGAACAUUAAAAUCGAUAAUGAAGGAUGGAAAUAAUGCAUAGAAAACGUCAUCGAAAAUCAUGAAACCUCGACAUCCUUAUUGAUCUUUAUUUUAUAGUUACUGUAAGCACUUGUUUUACCGCACUUGUUACCAUUUUUAUUUAUUAAAAAAAGACUUUUUGGAUAAGACUACGGAGAAUGGGAAUGAACUUU